AUUAUUACUAGAAUACUGUAUGGUGUGACGCUGUGACAAUUCUAAAUCGUGUGCCAUGUCGUCUGGCACUCCGCGAAAUUACGUGCAGAUGCUGCUUUUCAAGGACCGAUUGAAAACGUUUGAUGGUGUGCCAUGGCCGAAAGAGCACCCUUCACCACAGAAGAUGGCGGAGGCCGGCUUUUUCUUCAUCGGUAACAAAGAUGCUCCGGAUAUGAUGGCGGAGGCCGGCUUUUUCUUCAUCGGUAACAAAGAUGCUCCGGAUAUGGUGAAAUGUCCAUUUUGUCUGAAAGAGAUGGAUUGCUGGGAGAGCGAAGAUGAUCCAUGGCAUGAACAUGGUCGUAAGAAAUCCAGUUGUGCAUUUCUAAGUCUAGGGAGAAAACCGCUUACUUUCGCCGAGAAUUUCAAACUUCACGAAACUCUGGUUGAGAAUAGCAUCGUAAUUAUAAUGGCAGGUCAUGAAAUCGAUCUUGAGACAUCUGCGCUGGAAGAAUUCGUGCGUUGUAAUGAUUUAAUGAACGAGUCCGCCGAUGAGCUUGAAACCCUGGUUGUCUUGGAGUUUGACCCGCGUACUCCUGAAGAAACCCUGCGGUGGCUAUACGGGAAACUUACUGGAGAUGCCGAGUCUGGUGGAUCGGAACUGAUCGUGAAAGCUCAUAUUGAAGAGCAUGCGUUAUCCUUCCAUGUCACCGCCAGUACGCUGCGUUUGCUAGAAAUUGCUGAAGGAGUUUCAAUGCGUCGGCGUGCGUUAGAUGGAAAAGUGCGUGUGUUUUCUAUGGCAGAAGGACAUUACUUCGUGGGCAAAGAGUCUCGACCUCGGGACUUAUUCACCACUGCGGAGCUGCAGCGAUUUGUAUCGAUCGCUAUGGAUGACCUGCGCAUAACGCUUCCCGAUACUCAGCUUGGAAUGAAAACAUUUCCUGGACUAUCAAUACCCGUGUCAGAAGGAACGCCGAUCGACGAUGUUCGCGAAUAUUUUGGAGAAUCGCUCGGUCUGUACUUCUCGUUCUUCCAUUUCUACUUGAAAAGCUUGAUUUUUCCCGCGGUGGCUGGACCAAUGCUGUUCUUUCUGUGCAACAUUUUUGGAAUUCCUGCUGGUUACGCUGUCGUGAUUUCCUGCGUAACGAACUUACUUUGGAUAACUGUCUUUUUUGAGUUAUGGAAACGGAAAAAUGCUUCAUUGACCUACGAUUGGGGAACCCACGACAUUCAUUCCUACCAUGAACCGCUAAGGCCAGGCUUUCACGGAGAAAUGAUCCGGUUGAAGAACGGAAAACUGGAAUUGAGAUACCCGCGGUGGAAAACCAUGUGCAAAGAAUACCUCGUUUCUUAUCCAGUAAUGGGAAUAUUGGCAGCCGUUUAUCUGGGACUCAUUUAUAUCGAAACUUUGGCGAAUGAGUUCGUUUAUGCUGUUCAAUUUGAUGAAGAUCCUGGUUAUGGAAGAUACUUGGUGUAUUUUCCAUCGAUUGCUUACGGCGUUAUUAUUUAUCUGCUGUCGCAGCCGACGAGGCAGUUCGCAGCGUUUCUGACCAGUUGGGAAAAUCACGCUACGCAAAAUGCCUGGGACAUGCAUUUGAUGAUCAAGCUAGCCGUUGUUGAAUUCGUGAACUUGUUUGCUUCCUUGUUCUACAUCGGAUUUUACUUGCAAAAUUGGGACUCUCUAAGAAUGCAAUUGGCGAUGUUGUUGCUGGUUCAUGCGUUUUUGGAAAAUAUCUCGGAGCAUGUCAUCCCCUAUCUGAAUCAAAAAUCUGCGGUCAAGGAAAUUCAAAGUUCUUUAUCAGACUUUGUCAAAGAGAAAACCGGAUACGACAUACUUCACAAUGAAAGUUGCGAAGGAAAGAUGAAAUUACCUUCGUACAUUCCCAGAAUGGAUCCGAAUGCAUGGGAAGUACGCCAGGCGCGAGAAGAUUCUGGAAAGCCACCGUACGAGAGCAAAUAUGAUAAUUAUUCAGAAAUUUGGGCUCAGUUCGGCUAUGCGUUCAUGUUUUCUGCUGUACUUCCGUGGACGGGGAUGUUCUGCAUUGUUGCAAAUUGCUUUGAGAUUGUUUGCUGAUCUUUUCAAGCUUUGCUUUAUUGCCCAACGACCCAUGUCACUGCGUGCCAAAAAUAUUGGGGCUUGGAAGGAUGCCUUUGUUGGCCUCGGAGUUGCAGCAGUGUCAACAAACUGUGCUUUGAUGGCUCUUUCGCCGGAAGUUCAAGCCUUAACGUCGUUGUCGAACAAGGCGACCGCGUGGCCAUAUAUUUUCAUCUUCUUGGAGCAUUGCGUUUUCUUGUGUAGAAACGUGAUCGCCAUGGUAAUCCCAAAUGUUCCUGAUCAUGUUCGAAAAGCGCUCGCUGAGGUUGAGCAAACAGCUACUGAACAGCGUCUUUUGAAGUUGAGAAAAAUUCUGCGAGAAUUUCGCAAGAAGAAAGGACCCGAAAAGCGAGAAUCUCCUGAGAAAUAUUUCGAGGAGUCUACGGAAAGCGGUGGUCUGAAGCAUCGCGCCACAGCAGUUUCCCCGCCCGAAUAAAUGAAAUCUUCCGGUGCCUUAACUAAAUAUGGUUGCCUUUGUAUGCUUAUGUGAUGAGAUUGUUUUGAGAUUUGCUAGACGUGAGACCUAAGAGGCAUUUGUUAAUUACUGAUUCUCCGGGAAAAGGAAAAACCUAUCCAUUCGAAAA